AUGGCCAAACGUGGAUAUAAGCUGCAGGAAUUUGUGGCACAUGCCGGGAAUGUGAAUUGCCUGACCUUCGGCAAAAAGAAUUGCCGAGUGUUUGUUACAGGCGGAGAUGAUCAGAAAGUGAACCUCUGGUCAGUUGGCAAGCCGGCAUCUCUAAUGAGCCUGUGUGGUCAUACAAGUCCAGUUGAGUCUGCAGCUUUUGAUUCAGCCGAGGUUUUAGUGGUAGCUGGAUCUUCUUCAGGAGCUAUAAAAUUGUGGGAUCUGGAAGAAACAAAAAUGGUCCGCACUCUAACUGGGCACAGAUCUUACUGCACAGCUCUGGAGUUCCAUCCUUUUGGUGAGUUUUUCGCAUCUGGUUCGAUGGACACUAAUCUAAAGAUAUGGGAUAUUAGAAAAAAAGGGUGUAUACACACUUACAAAGGCCACACGCGCGGGAUAAGCACGAUAAGAUUCACCCCUGAUGGCCGCUGGGUAGUCUCUGGUGGAUUUGAUAAUGUCGUUAAGGUGUGGGACCUUACGGCUGGAAAGCUUCUACACGACUUCAAGUUCCAUGAAGGGCGUAUUCGGUCUAUAGAAUUUCAUCCGCUCGAGUUUCUGUUGGCAACAGGUUCGGCUGAUAAAACUGUGAAAUUUUGGGAUUUGGAGACGUUUGAGAUGAUUGGAUCUGCAAGGCGUGAGGCUUCUGGAGUAAGAUCAAUUGCCUUCCACCCUGACGGACGAACUCUUUUCUGCGGAUUGGAUGAUAGUCUUAAGGUUUACUCAUGGGAGCCUGUAAUUUGCCACGAUUCAAUCGAUAUGGGAUGGUCAGCACUUGGAGAUAUUUGCAUCCAUGACGGUAAACUUUUGGGCGGUGCACAUUAUGAAAACUCAGUCGCAGUUUGGGUUGCGGACAUCUCGCUUAUCGAGCCAUAUGGGACAAGAAUGGCUACCACAGAACAACACAGCCAGUUGGAUCCCAAAUGCAACAGCAAGGCAAGCAUUCAACAGAAAGAGGAAAGCAAUAUAAAGUCAAGCGUGCGGUCAACCACGCCCGACACUGAUUCGAAGGACAUCAAAACUAUAUAUGUUGACCGAGUGAAGUCCAUCACUCCAAAGACAGAGGAAAGCAGAACCGUUGGAGUCCAGAAACGGGCACCAGCGGCCAAUAAUAGAUCUCUCGUCACACCUAACAUUGUGCCUCGUGAUGGACCCGAUGGGAAGGUUCCGGUAGCUUCUAGAAGGGAAUCCAUGUCAUCGGUUAGGGCAGGCGGGGGCACGUCUUUGAAGCAGAGUCAUGCGCGGAGGUUAUCGGCCAGCCGGAUUGAUAUCAAAAGAAUGUCAGCUUCCCUUGACUUCGUGCCUCAAGAUAGUAGUGUGAAAAGCGCCUUUGACGGUAGUAAAAAGGAAAAGAACAGUCAGAAUAGGCUCGUUGCUAAUGAAAAUGCCAAGGAAUUGUCCGAGGUGAAACAAUUGAAUAUAAAGAGUGUUGAUGAGAAGUUUGAUAGGCCUUCAAAUAUAAAGAGUGUUGAUGAGAAGUUUGAUAGGCCUUCGAAUAUAAAGAGUGUUGAUGAGAAGUUUGAUAGGCCUUCUUCAUCGGCCACAUUAUCAGGUGAUCAGGGAUUGAGUUUGAGUACAUCAGCGAAUCCUGUUAAAGUUGUCAAUGGAGUUGCCAUUGUGCAUGGAAGAACUCGAAGCUUGGUCGAAAGGUUCGAGAGAAAGGAGAAGGUUGAAGUGGAUGAAAUUCGCACGUCCGAUGGGCCAAAUAAUGUUAUUGUUGUUGGGCCUAUGGAAACACCACCCAUUCGGCCCAUAUCCCCAUCUGCAUCCCCACCUGCACCCUCGUCUCAGAAUGAAGACCGGGAAAUUGAUAUGAGAGAGCAAUUAGCUUCAAGCUCGGAUGAAAAUGCUUUCACUGAAAACCUAAUGCAGAGUCAUGAUGUGCUAUUGAGUACAUUCAGGUCUCGGCUAACAAAGUUACAGGUGGUGAGGCAUUUCUGGGAAAGAAAAGAUGUCAAAGGAGCCAUAAAUGCUGUUCGGAAGUUGCCCGACCAUUCUGUACAGGCUGAUGUAAUAGGUGUGCUCAUGGAUAAGAUGGAGGUUAUUACACUGGACUUGUUUUCUUGCUUACUGCCAGUGCUUUUAAGUUUAUUGGACAGCAAAGCUGAAAGGCAUGCUAGUGUCUCGUUAGAGAUGCUCUUGAAGCUAGUGGCCGUUUUUGGCACUGUAGUUCGUACGACAGUUUCAGGUCCUCGAGCAGUCGGAGUUAAUCUCCAUGCAGAGGAGAGGCUCGAAUGCUGCAAGCAGUGCUAUUCGCAUCUUCAAAACGUACAAAAGAUUUUGCCGGAUUUGGUGAAGAGGGGAGGUACUGUAGCAAGGUACGCACAGCAACUGAAUCUUGUUCUACAACAAACGUAG